CGCCGUCCUGCUCAGAGAGCGAGCGCCGUCCUGCUCAGAGAGCGAGCUCCAUCCUGCUCAGAGAGCGAGCUCCGUCCUGCUCAGAGAGCGAGCGCCGUCCUGCUCAGAGAUCGAGCUCCGUCCUGCUCAGAGAGGGAGCGCCGUCCUGCUCAGAGAGCGAGCUCCGUCCUGCUCAGAGAGCGAGCGCCGUCCUGCUCAGAGAGCGAGCGCCGUCCUGCUCAGAGAGCGAGCGCCGUCCUGCUCAGAGAGCGAGCUCCGUCCUGCUCAGAGAGGGAGCUCCGUCCUGCUCAGAGAGCGAGCGCCGUCCUGCUCAGAGAGCGAGCGCCGUCCUGCUCAGAGAGCAGGCGCCGUCCUGCUCAGAGAGGGAGCUCCGUCCUGCUCAGAGAGCGAGCGCCAUCCUGCUCAGAGAGGGAGCGCCGUCCUGCUCAGAGAGCGAGCUCCGUCCUGCUCAGAGAGCGAGCGCCGUCCUGCUCAGAGAGCGAGCGCCGUCCUGCUCAGAGAGGGAGCUCCGUCCUGCUCAGAGAGCGAGCGCCGUCCUGCUCAGAGAGCGAGCGCCGUCCUGCUCAGAGAGCGAGCGCCGUCCUGCUCAGAGAGGGAGCUCCGUCCUGCUCAGAGAGCGAGCGCCGUCCUGCUCAGAGAGCGAGCGCCGUCCUGCUCAGAGAGAGCUUAAAUACUCCCGAAGCGGCGCCGUCCUGCUCAAAGCGGCGCCCGUCCUGCUCAGAGAGGGCUCCGUCUGCUCAGAAAGCGGCGCCCGUCCUGCUCCAGAAGAGGCGAAACUCCGUCCUGCUCAGAAGCGGCGCCGUCCAUACUCUCAGAGAGGAGAAGCGCUGCGUCCUGCUCAGAAGGAGCUUCGUCCUGCUCCAGAAAGCGGCUCCCGUCCUGCUCAGAAGCGGCGCCGUCCUGCUCAGAAGGCGGCGCCGUCCUGCUCAGAAGGCGAGCUCGUCCUGCUCAGAGGGCUCCGUCCUGCUCGAAGCGGCGCCGUCCUGCUCAGAAGCGGCGCCGUCCUGCUCGAAGAGCGAGCUCCGUCCUGCUCAGAGAGCGAGCGCCGUCCUGCUCAGAGAGCGAGCGCCGUCCUGCUCAGAGAGCGAGCGCCGUCCUGCUCAGAGAGCGAGCUCCGUCCUGCUCAGAGAGGGAGCUCCGUCCUGCUCAGAGAGCGAGCGCCGUCCUGCUCAGAGAGCGAGCGCCGUCCUGCUCAGAGAGGGAGCUCCGUCCUGCUCAGAGAGCGAGCGCCGUCCUGCUCAGAGAGGGAGCUCCGUCCUGCUCAGAGAGCGAGCGCCGUCCUGCUCAGAGAGCGAGCUCCGUCCUGCUCAGAGAGCGAGCGCCGUCAUGCUCAGAGAGGGAGCGCC